AUGUCGCAAUACCCUGUGCCGCCGUCGUAUGAUGGGCAGCACAACUACGCGCCGACAUGGCCAAUGCAGCUUCCUUACGGUUCAAGCGACCCCAAGCAAUCAGGGACUAAUUUCUUCGCGAUGAACAACGCUCCAACGGGUAUCGCAAACUUCGCUGGCUUACCAUUCGGCUCUAAUGAUCCAAUUCAACUACCAGGCUUGGGGAUGCCGUCCAAUGCAACGCCAUUACCUUACCUACCGCAACAAUUCGCAAACAGACAGAUGCCGCUACCCCUUUAUAGCGCGGCCAACUUUCCUUUCAGUACGCCAGCUGACUCACUGCAUCCAAAUCAGCAAAGUGCAGUUACACAACCUUCCGAAAAUCUUGACUCUUUGGCGAUUCAGCGACAGGAAAGAUCGAAACGUCCCUCGCCGCUGUUGACCAAUGAUACAGAGCGAGAAGAAGGAGAAGUGAGCGAUGGUUCCAGCUACGGGCUAUCUCGCCAGCAUCAUCAACCUGGGUUGCAGUCAGGGACAUUUACGCAAACUAGUCGCGAAGCUCCUAUCCCCCGAAGCGAGACUGCAUUAGAUACGGAUGCGAGCUUCUCCCACCUGCAGUCCCCUAAAUUUCCAAUUGGGAAAAAUGGCGCACGCGAUGAAGAUCCGGAGAAUUCGGCACCAGGGAACAAUUCACCUCCUUAUAACCCACCAGUUACUAUUGGGAUAAAUCAACUGUCUCCAGCCAAGGUCCAAAGGGCUGAUGCAUCUCGACCACGCAAAAGCGAAGUGAACAAUCAGAGCAGCUAUUCGCAAUUCAACGGCAAAACCCCUGCUCAGAUUCGUGAGAUGGCGUUGGGUGCUCUACUUAGUCUGGUCCCGCAUAAUAUUCGAUAUGGUGAGCUUGUCAAGGAAGACAUAGAUCCCACUGUUCUCAAGCAGCUCUACGAUGAUAUCGGAAUCAAAAUUACCCCUGCGGGAGAAAAGUAUCCUGGGUCCACUAUUCCUAGGCCAAAGGUCUCCGAAAUCAAAGUCACAAAGCCUGCCAUCGACAGGAAAGACUCUAGUUCCGAACCUCGGGAAAAGUUACCAGCAUCCCCAUCACCCGCCGUUUCAAAUAAUGAGCUCAAAGCCACUUCUAUUCCCACUUCACAGAAACCAUUAGAACGGAAAGACGUCAUUGCUCGAAUGCUGGCUGAGAAAGCCAAGAAAAAGGCUACCAACAUUGCUACUGAAUCUUCUUCAAGUUCAGAGACUUUGCACAAUGGCUCGCUUGCGAAACCGAGUGUUGAAAAAGAUGCUCAAGAACCCAAAGCUCAAUUACCGGUGCAAUCAAAAGAGAAAAAUAAAGCUCUUUCUGAACUUGCUAGGCAGCGCAUGGAGCAACUGAAGAAAAUGGGUCUUAAAAGGCAAAAAUCGCAUUCUGAAGACACAAACGUAUCUCCAGCACCAGUCACAUCAAUAUCAAACACGCCAAAUAUGAAACCGGAGACAACGGCUCCUCUUCAUCACCCUCUCCCUGAACGGCCGGCUAUCACCCCAAGUCCAUCCAAAAGUUCAACUCCUCAGAUUCCUGGAUUAUCAUUUUCAUCCGAGCCUAGGAGUAGCCCUUCGAUCGUUGAGAACAGAUCCAUUGGUGCUUCCACCCCCUUCAAGAAUUCGCUUGGAAAACGUCCUCGAGCUUCUGAUUUUGACGAACCUAUUCCAGAAACGAAGAAACAUUCCAUGACCGAUAGACUUGUGAUUGAUAUCAGCGAGGAUGAAUCCAUGGAUGAGGAAGAGGACAUUGGAAUGCCUGAGACUAGCGAUCCUGCAAUAAAUGUUCCACCUCCGAAAGCGAGUAGUAGUUUACCGCGGGCCACCAUCUCGCGCAAUGCAUCUUCGUCAUCAGUUACCUCUCAAAGCAGGACUAAUGAACUAGAGAGCCUCCGACAGAAAAACCUCGAGAUACAAGCUAUGCGCCGUCGAAUAGCCGAAUGGGAGGAGAAAAAUGCCAAAAAGUCAAAGACCACUCUACCUUUGGUAACCAUGACUGGCAAUGGUUCUCCCUCACUAGUGGCUACAAAUAUAGGAGCCGAUGAAGACAAGUCUCGAUAUGUCAUCGAUAAAACACAAGAUACGGCAACUCCGUCGGACAAGUCAAACUCCCAACGCUUACAACGCAGCCCAUCGGUACAAUCGUUGGCGUCCAUGGAUAACUCUGAGUUGGAUCAGAUCCGACAAAAAUUGCUCCGAAAACGAGUCAUCGAAUCAGGUCUUCCUACUUUGGACGCUGAGCUUAUGAAAUUCGAAGCCAAGCUCGCGGAAUAUAAACGUGAGGAGCAGAAGUUGUUGAACGAGAUUGCCCGGAGUCGGCAAGAACGAAAGCAACUCGGCGAAGAACUAGAGAGUCUCGGUAUGGAAACCGAAGGUCUGACACUUGAAGAGUUGAGAGCUGUCAAGGAGGAUAUAGAACAGGGCACAUAUACAGGAGCUGUACUCGAACCGCUUGACGCUGUUUCUUCCGACUCUCAGCCCCCUACUGCAACCUUGGCAACUGCGACUGCGGCGGACGAAACUACCGAGUUCCCUCAAAUACCGAACACACCAUUACCUGAGCCUGGUCCUCCUGAGCGCCGGGAAGCGAGCGAUGCUGCCGAUAUCGAAGAUCCGAGCAUGGAAUCUUCUGGGUCCUCAAUGGACGAAUCAACUAGCUCUUCAGCAUCAAGUUCAGUGGGCCAAGUAUCAGAAUUGGAAUCAGAACAGCAAGCUGUGGAGGUACCUCUUGAUACCAGCGACAGCUCUGUCGCACAGGAGGACCCGGCUCAUGAUAUUUUGCCGGUCGAGACUCCCCCAACUGCCACUCUAAGUGCGAACCUCGCUUCGGCACAAAAACACACUGUGGAUACUGCAUCUACUGUGGAUGGGCACAAUACCUCACGGGAGUCUUCAGUCUUAACUGAUAAUUAUGAACCUCCCGAACCGGAGGACUUGGAUGAGGUCUAUUCUCCGAAGCUCAGCCCGAAGGAGGGUGAAGAACCAGAAAAAGAGACUGUACCGGAAAUAGUCACUCAAAAUGAUGCUGAUAUGACAUUGACUCGCAAGCCUCAGGAUUUUGUUGUCAUUGCAUCUAAGGGAGAUGCCCUUGACAACACGGCACAUAGUGGUGAAACGGUAUCGAAAUUUUCUCCUUACCAAAGCCCCCUGAAAUUCUUUAGAGCCUAUCGCUAUCACCCCAAUUUUGUUGAAGAGGUCAAAGAUAGUUAUCGAUCCCUAACAUACAGCCAUUCAAUUAAUCCAUUACAACAAUUCUGUCCUUACGAAGCGGCAGGAGGCGUCUGUAAUGAUGCAACUUGCGAUUAUCAGCAUUGGCGAGAUAUAGUGAUGCCCGGUGCGUUGACGGUUCGAGAAUUUCCACUCACCCUCCAAAUCCCCUCUUAUCUUCCACAGCAUCAUUCUUCCUUUGAAUCUUCAUGUGAUUUUCAUCCUUGGUUAGACACUAACUCUUGGUGAAUUUUGUCCGUUUGCAGAUGACAAGAUACUCGUCGACAUGGGAAAUCAAAGAGAAGGGAAGACAGCCGAAGAACGAGAAAACUAUAUUGAAGGGUUGAAAGACCUCAUCAAUAACAUGCGACGCGAGCAAGUGAAUGACUUCUUCACUGUUGCAGGUGAAAUCGCCGCAUACCGUAGACGUUUCCUCUCCGACCCUUCACGCAUUCUCCCUCUGUAGCCUGAUCGCAGUAUGAUCGCCUCUCUCAUGUCUGACUCAACCUAUAUGGGCAUUACAAUGGCAGGUUUCCGUCCUUUUUUGAUACCGUUGCGCUGCAUUGAGCAGCUACCGGCCUUGAACGGUCUUUGACUUCGCCUUUUCUUCUUCUUUUUCCCCUUCUUUCUUGUUUCUAUUCCCUACUUCGCUUCCUCGUCCCCUUUCUUAUUCAUACUUCUUUUACAUCGAUUCAGGCAUGCUCUGUUGAUGAGCGUAGCAUCGGAAGGCGUUUGUCGUCUUAUUUCUUCAAUUGGGGCUGCACAGGCUCCACAAAUUAUGGAGUUCACAUCGGUUGGAUCUCGGCUAUUCCUACGGUCUACACCUUGUCUGCAACGUAGGUCAAGGACAGAUUCUUGGAUCAGGCAUGCCGCCAGUGAUGCGGGUGAAGAUCGAAGUUACUACACGGCAGGCAGACAGCUAAUUUCAGACGGAAGUCGCGCACCAAGCGAUUAAUCUCGGUUAUCUAGGACUGAGUAGCUAGUCCGCACUUUAUCAUUAAUAUACGUGAUUAUUUAUGACGGUAUUUGU